AUGCCAGUUUUCGAAUCGCCUGCGGUCUACGUUCAGAGUACGCUCACUACGCUGGCUACUUACUUCAUCUCUCAUGCUUAUUUGAGAGAGAUGUUGGACGUCCAUGUUACGGACGCCAACUUCCUUCCGCUGUCCGCUCCAAACAGAGCCUUCCACAUCAGAAGAGAUAACGACAGAAGACAAGUUCUUGUGAACGUGUUCAACGAGAAAGGUGAAAAGGUGUACAUUUUCCAGAGAGAGAGUGCUUUGAAUCCAACCUGGUCUUUGCGUACCCUUCCUUCGUACAAGGAGGUUGCCACCAUCCGUUGUGGAUUCUUCUUGAAGUCUCUCGACUUCCACAAUAAGCCUGGGUUGCAACACAGGGUUAUUAACAGUGAGUCGGGCUGGAGCGGCAGACUUAGAACUUUUUAUCUUACCGACGGUCACAAAUAUGGCUGGACCAGAAACUCCAAAUAUUUGGAGAAGUUUACUAACCCUGGCGGGAACGACGAGGAGGUCAGAGAAAGAGUUGCUAAGGUCAGACUCAUGAGACAGAGAAAGUUCGACUACGAGUUGACUUUGGACGACACCAAGGUGGACCCAGAAGUCGCCAUGGCUACCGCCUUUGUCGCCAUGAUGACUUUCUGGGGUCUGGGUGACAUCACCGAGACCGUUGGACCUACCGCCUUGGUCAAGAAAGAGGAGGAAGUUGUUGCUCCUGUUGCAGCUCCUGUUGCACCAGCUGCACCAAAGGCUGAAGUUGAGAGAUCCGGACCAAAUAUUACUUUGGUCAUGGACGCCGACAACGACGCAGAUCUUAUUAUCGAGAAAGCAUAG